UAAGAAACACCAUUUCACUUCCUGUUAGAAAUCACAACAUUGUAUACCCAUAGGAGAUAGUUGACAUCAGCAGACAUUGGUCAACAAAUGUCAAUGUAGCAGGAACAUUUAGUUUCAGCAAUGAUACCUUACACUGUCAACAUCAAACUCGCUGCUCGGACGUUGACUGGCGCUCUCAAUUUGCAGAAUAAAACCGCCGUAGAUUGGGGUUGGCAAGGACUGAUAGCUCAGGGAUGUCACUCGAGUAUCCUCAUCAUUGAUCCAAAAACAGCCCAGACGAUCCAAGUUCUCGAAAGACACAAAACCAACGUGGUCAAGGUAAAAUGGUCGAGGGAAAACUACUACCACAACUUGAGUUCGCCCUACUGUCUGCGGCUGGCCUCAGGAGAUGCCUCAGGGAAGAUCAUAGUGUGGGAUGUUGUCAGUGGCACUGCCCACUGUGAGAUCCAAGAGCACUCUAAACCUAUUCAAGACCUGGAGUGGCUGUGGAAUCAGGAUGCAUCUCGUGAUCUGCUGUUGGCUGUCCAUCCACCCAACUACAUUGUGCUGUGGAAUGGAGACACAGGAACCAAGCUGUGGAAAAAGAGCUAUGCUGAAAAUAUCCUCUCCUUUUCCUUUGACCCUUUCGAUCCAUCAAACAUGGCGUUAUUGACAAGUGAAGGAAUUGUGUUCAUCACCGACUUUUCCCACUCCAAACCGCCGGGGAGCACUGGCAAAAAGGUCUAUAUUGCCAGUCCCCAUGCAAGUCCUGCUCAUAACAAACCUGCACCAGCUGCAACCCCGGUCCCUACUGGGGCCAAGAAGGCCCUCAACAAGGUCAAAGUGCUCAUCACCAACGAAAAACCCACCGCAGAGGCAGUGACACUGAAUGACUGUCUACAGCUGUCCUACCUGCCGUCCAAGAGGAACCACAUGCUGCUGCUUUAUCCCAGAGAGAUCCUCAUCCUGGACCUGGAGCUCAGCCAGACGGUGGGCGUGGUGGCCAUCGAGCGCUCCGGGGUGCCCUUCGUUCAGGUGAUCCCCUGUGCUCAGCGUGAUGCCCUCUACUGUCUCCACGAGAAUGGGUGUAUCACCUUCCGAGUGUGUCGCUCCACUACCGCUCUAGAGGAAGCAUCAGACCCAGAACAGAGUGUCCAGGAGCUCGUGUAUGACCUGCGUUCUCAAUGCGAUGCCAUCCGAGUCACCAAGACAGUGCGGCCAUAUCGCAUGGUGAUCUGCCCUGUCAACGAAAACAACGCUGCACUCAUGGUCAGCGAUGGCAGAGUCAUGCUAUGGGAGCUCAAAUCCCACAGUGGCAGGGUGACUGCUAACCCUAGUUCGGGUCUGUCACCGCUGUACUCGCCUGUUUCAUUUUGUGGAGCUCCUCUGGGUCCGAACCAGAAAAGGAUUCAGGAUCUCUGUCUUAACAGCAUGAUUGGACAGACCCUAAUAGCUGGUGAGGCUCCUCCUCCAUCAUCCAUUCAGCAGGAGGUCCAGUUGAAAUUCCUGCUGACUGGCCUGCUGUCUGGUCUCCCUCUGCCACCGUUUGCCAUCCGCAUGUGCCCACCUCUUACCACCAAGAACAUCAACUACUACCAGCCCCUACUUGCAGUAGGUACCAGUAACGGGUCUAUACUGGUCUACAACCUAACCAGUGGUCUCCUGCACAAGGAACUCAGCGUUCAUUCUUGUGAAGUCAGGGGGAUUGAAUGGGUGAGUCUCACCAGUUUCCUGUCCUUUGCCACGUCAGCUCCCAACAACAUGGGCCUGGUUCGAAAUGAACUGCAGCAUGUUGACCUGCCCACUGGUAGAUGCUUUGCAUUCAGAGGUGAGCGAGGAAACGAUGAGCCACCCAUUGAGAUGAUUAAAGUGUCUCAUCUCAAACAGUAUCUGGUGGUGGUGUUCAGGGACAAACCCCUGGAACUAUGGGACAUCAGGACGGGGACACUUCUCCGGGAGAUGGCGAAGAACUUCCCCACCGUUACUGCACUGGAAUGGUCCCCAUCACACAACCUGAAGAGCCUCAAGAAGAAGCAAAUUGCAGCGAGGGAAGCAAUAGCUCGGCAGACGGUGUCUGACGCUGAGCAGAGCAGCGUCGAGUCAUCUGUUAUCAGUCUCCUACAGGAUGCAGAGAGCAAGUCAGAGAUCAGCCAAGCCAUCUCAGCCAGGGAGCAUUUUGUAUUCACUGACACAGACGGGCAGGUCUACCACAUCACUGUAGAGGGCAACACAGUUAAAGACGGAGCGCGGAUUCCCCCUGAUGGCAGCAUGGGAAGCAUUGCCUGCAUUGCCUGGAAAGGCGACACCCUGGUGCUUGGAGACGUGGAUGGCAACCUUAACUUCUGGGACCUCAAGGCUCGUUUGUCCAGGGGAAUUCCGACACACCGGGGUUGGGUGAAAAAGAUCCGCUUUGCCCCGGGCAAGGGCAACCAAAAGCUCCUGGUGAUGUACACAGACGGAGCGGAGGUCUGGGACACUAAAGAGGUCCAAAUGGUCAGCAGCAUGCGAAUCGGUCGCAACGUCAACUACCGCAUCCUAGACAUUGACUGGUGCACUUCAGACAAGGUUGUGCUGGCCUCAGACGACGGCUGCAUCCGAGUGCUGGAGAUGGCCAUGAAGUCAGCCAGCUACCGCAUGGACGAACAGGACUUGACUGAUCCGGUGUGGUGUCCUUACCUGCUGCUUCCCCGCGCUGCUCUCACCCUCAAGGCCUUCCUCCUGCUGCAGCCUUGGUCAGGAACCUUCACCAUGGACAUAACUCAAGUAGACUACAAUGAGAAAGACGAGAUAAAAGGUUUGAUCCAGGAGCAGCUCAACUCCUUGUCCAAUGAUAUGAAGAGCGUGCUACAGGACCCGGAGCUCAGUCUGCUUCAGCGCUGCCUGCUCGUCUCACGGCUGUUUGGAGACGAGUCAGACCUUCACUUUUGGACAGUGGCCUCGCACUACCUCCAGUCGUUCGCGCAGGCUCGACAGCUGAGCGUGUCCAUAAGUGACGGCACGCAGGCCCAGAGUGAAGGAAGCCAAGCGCCGCCUCAGAACCACCUGGACAUCUGCCACGACGUCCUGUGUGAGAGCUCCUACUUUCAGAAGUUCCAGUUGGAUCGGGUUCACCUGCAGGAGGUGAAGCGCUCCAGCUAUGAACACACUAAGAAAUGUGCUGACCAGCUCCUCCUGCUGGGUCAGACGGACCGGGCCGUGCAGCUGCUGCUGGAGACGAGCGCCGACAACCCCAGCUACUACUGUGAUUCUCUCAAGGCGUGCCUGGUGACCACCAUCACCUCAUCGGGCCCCUCGCAGUCCACCAUCAAACUAGUGGCCACCAACAUGAUUGCUAAUGGCAAGCUAGCAGAGGGAGUCCAGCUGUUGUGUUUGAUUGACAAGGCUGCGGAUGCUUGCCGGUACUUGCAGACCUACGGGGAAUGGAACCGAGCCGCCUGGCUGGCCAAGGUGCGCCUGAGCCCAGCAGAGAGCUCUGACGUGCUGAAGCGCUGGGCGGAGCACCUGUGCUCCUCGCAGGUCAACCAGAAAUCGAAGGCCAUCCUGGUGCUGCUCUCCCUGGGCUGUUUUUCCAAAGUGGGAGAGAUGCUCCACAGUAUGAGGCACUUUGAUCGUGCCGCUCUCUUCAUCGAAGCCUGCCUGAAGUCUGGGGUGAUGGAGGCCAACGACUCUUCCAAUAAACUGAUUGAGGCCGCGUUCGUGGACUACGCUCGGCUGCUGCGCUCGCUGGGCCUGCGCGAGGGGGCCGCCCUGUGGGCAUCGCGGGCCGGCGGCGCCGGGCAGCAGCUCAUGGAGGAGCUCUUCCAGGGGGAGGGGGGCACGGCGAGCCCCGCGGUCGCCGAGGAGGACGCGGAGGCGAGUCAGGAAGGCACCGACUGACCCCCGCCGUCGAUACGGGAGGUUCUAAAGAGGACGGCGGCUCCACACGCUGGGCCUCGUCUGCAACACAACAUCUGUCAGUGACGCGUGAGCGCCUCCGACGGAGUCACGGCCCUUUUUCCUACGUCUGAAGUCGUCACGCUGUGUGUUUGUAAUUAGUUUCUUGCUGUUGGUGCGACCAGUGGGUGUUUGUGUGCAUGCAUGUAACGAGUCCAAAAGAAACACAAUUGUUUUCACAUUCCGACAACAAGUGAAGUUGUGAUUCCCCUUGAUACCAAAAUGUGUUUUUGUCUUUAAUGAAUUCAACUCUUUGAUUUUGCAUCGGGUGCUUGUUAGGCUUUAUUUGCGUGCCUGUAUUAACAUUAUCACAGUCGCAUGUGUCCUUUUUUGCUGCUGACAUUAAACGUGGCAUAAUUGGUUUGACCUCAAAUGAACCGCUCCACAUUUUAUUUUUAUAAUUUCAGCCUUUAUGUCUCGCUACUGACCAGCGCACUCAGAUCUAGCGUUAGGUGUUUUGCACUUUAGAUGUGACCAGAGGUCGACUUCACCUGUAACACACAUCUUGAGACAAACAUGAGAGACUGUGCUUUUAGUAAGUGACCAAAGCCUGCCACUGCACAAUAUUCCACAGCUUUAUCCGUGGAAACACAGUGAAGUAUCUCAGCCCUGUUCACUUAAAUAGAUGCUGGGUGUUCAUUACCCCAUUCUAUUAAAUCCAAAUGAAUUUUUAGAUGUCGGAGACUUUUAUGAAGAUUUGGGGAGGAUACUGCUCUGUGUUCUUUGAUGUUUGAAUAAUGAGGGUGUUAAAAGCUGUCAAAAAGUAGUGCAGGUCAUUAUAAUCGGACCAGAGAUGGAUCGUUCUGUAAAAACUUUGCUGCUCCCACUAUUGUUCACAUCAAUCCUAAAAGCUGACACAGUUGAGGAAGUGGAUCCUGCCACGGUUCUGCUCGUCUUUUGACACGGUGAAUCCCCUGUUUGACUUCAGUGCUUGUGUGCGUUGUAAUGUGUGUGGUCGUCCUAAAAUGACGCAGUAACUCCACGGGACCUUUUUAUCGUGUUAUCGUGUUUCAUAAACACAUCGAUGCUGUUUGUACUCUGUGUUACACUUAACCCUGUGUGGCGCCACUAUGACAGCCCAGGCCUGUUGUUCCUGUAGAUUCAUUUCACACAUUCCCGCUAAUGUACUGUACCACCUCAUGGGGUCGCACACAGUCCAGCCGACGAUCAGCUGUGGUUCAAACUGUGUCGUCCAGUCGUGUACUGUGGUACUGUACUGCCUUUUUACGAUUAAGCACCAGUUCCAUUAGUGGUGGCUGCUUACCUGCAGGCCUGUGUGGUAGAUAAGAGGACAUGUUCUUUAACAUUGGACCCUAUGUUUUAUAAAAACAACAACAAAUCAUUGUAGUUGUGUCAGAGUUUAGCCUGGUUUCAUUGUUCUCCUUGUUUACAGAGUGAUGCUAAUGCUUUAUGCUACAUACAUAUUAAAAGAAAAAACAUAUAUGUAUUUAUGGAUGGCAAUAAAACUAAUCUGAGUA